GUUUACAGGAAGAAAAAAACACAACAGAAGAAGAGCGUCGCCUGGAAACUGCGUGAAGCUUGAGGAUGUACAACAGAUUAGGAGAUGCAGGAGGAGCGUGUGUCUCUGCAGGUGUGUGUCGGUGUGAUUGGGGCGCUGGAGUGUGUGGUCCGCCGUUGUCUCGGUCCAGACGGUGGAAGUGUGCUGUUCACUCGAGACACCGGAGAAACUCUCCUCACCAGACAUGGGCAGAGGCUCCUCGACACACUCCACCUGCAGCACCCCAUGGCCAGGAUGGUGUUGGACUGCGUGUGCGCACAUGCCAAAGCUACCGCAGACGGCACAAAAUCAUUCAUUCUCCUGCUGGCAGCGCUGUUACGAGGAAUUCAGGACUCGCACACGCGCCGCAAAGCAUCUUGGAGCAUCCCUGAUCUCCAAAAUCUCGCUAAUCGCCUGUUGGCUGUGAGCAGGAAGGAAUUGGAAGAUGUCGUAACGCACAAAAUUACCCCAUAUGCCUCAUUGUACUGCAGUCACCAUAGUUACAAACUGGAGGGCAGCGCUCUCGAUUUGUUGAUCCGCGGGUAUAUUUCCGGAAGAGUCGGGAUCUGCCAGGCGGACGUGCUGACGCGAGUUCUGUCUGAGUUCUACCACAAAAUCAAUCAAGAUCAAAACGCCGCAGAAACGAUCUCAUUCAUAUAUUCAAACUUCUCUUUUCUGCAUACGCCCGUGACGGGGCUUCCUAUUGGCUGUUCAGAAGUGAUCGAAGGCCUGGUUGUGACUUGCGAUUGGUCAGCGUGGACUGAGCCAGCGGGAUCAGUAAAAGCACUCGUUAUAUUCGAGAGCUUUGGAGCUGCCGUAGGUGAAAACAUAUCCGUGUGCGUUCAAAAAGACUAUCUGCAACGCUCUGAGAACUUACUGAAGCAGAAGUUAGGUUUGUUAGACUUAAAGGUGCGCGUGGUGCUGUCGGCGGUGAAGCAGCCGGAAAGCGUGUUGCAGUGGGCUCGACUGAACCACGUUUCCCUGCUCGAGUGCGUCGAUUCGGCCCAGCUCGGCUUCCUUUCAAACACGAGCGCUGCAGAAACGCUCUCUCGUCAACCACUUCAACACCUCGUGACGCUCAAGUCGUGUCGACGCGUGCAGCUCGGCGGCCGUCGCUACGUGCUCCUGGGCAUGUUUUCGCGCACGCACACGCUUGUUCUUUGCGCACCGGUGCCGGGAUUGCUUGACCAGACUGCGUGUGCGAGCCGAGGUGUGUUUACAAUGCUGCAGCACCUGUCUGAAAGCUUCCGCCAAUCACAGAGUCUGCGUUCGGACCGAUCACGAAGCGAGCUUUGCUCGCGAGACCUGUGGGGUGGAAUUAUGCGCGCAGGUGGAGCGCUUCCCGUUGGAGGCGCGUUUGAGUUCUUGCUGCAUUACUUUUUGUUGAACAAACGUAACUCUCGUGAUCCGGAGAGCUGCAGGCUGCUGGCGGAGGCUCUGUUGUGUUUGCCUAGAACUUCGUACGCUCAUAAUCACAGACGGUUUCUGAAUAUCCAGACGCGUUUCUUGGACGAUCUUAAGGAAUGGGAUAAGAGCGGAGAGUCAGGAGUGCCCGAAUUGAAGUUUGGGUUGGGGUUCUGUGAGAGUUCUCCCCCGGCUCUUGAGUCGGUCUGUGGAAAGAAGCAGCUGCUUGUUUCUGUGCUGCAGUGCUUGCACAGACUCUUAUGUGUAGGGGCUGUUUUACACACACGCUCUCCAUUAUGCAUUGGCCAUCAAACAUACUCUGAGGAGGAGGAGGAGGAGGAGGAGGAGGAAGAAGAUCACUCCAAUCAGUCAACAGAUGCAUGAGUCUGUGACAUUCAGUCAUCCGCUACGUUUAUGUUAUACUCGGUGACCUCUGAUACAUGUUUGCAGUGGCCCUAAAAGUAUUUGAACUUAAGUCAUGCUUAAAAAGUUCUGAAUGUUAAAGCUUUUGAUACAAAUUGCCUUUAAACCAACUGGUGAUUUUAGUGGAUGCACUGAUGUCAAUGCGUCCUUGAAGAAUAUGAACAGCUGUAGAUCAUCAAAUUAACUAUAUUUAAAGCCUAAAAUAAAGUUCUUAUUUUUUUAUUUUAAAAUACAUGGGACUUGUUUUAAUAUGUUAUUAUAUAAUGCAAAGACAUUCAGGCAUUUUUAUGUGUCUUAAGAGUACAAAUACCUUUUAUUAUGUGAAAGAUAAAUACUGUAUAUAUCAAUGAUUUUCAUAACACCUUCGUAGAAUAUGCUAAUUAUUUUUAAAAUGUAAUAUAGAAUAUAAAUGUGUUUUAUAAUUUUCUUGAAACAAAAAGUAGGAAUAUUUGUAAUGCAGUUUUAUAUGCAUUAUACGUUUUAAUUAAAAAGUUCAAAAUCGUUGUUUUUUUUUCACUCGACAUUUAAUAAUAAUUUAGUCAAAACAAGAGGUGACUGUAAAGACAUUUAUUAUGUUACAAAACAUUAAUUUUUCUUUUGAAAAUUUUGUUAAUCACAAAACGCAGUUUCCACAAAUGUAUAUUAAACAGCACAACUGUUUUCAGCAUUAAUAAUAUUAAGAACUGUUUCUUGAAAAGUGAAUCAGCAUAUUAUAAUGAUUCAUGAACUGAAGACUGCAGUUAAUAAUGUAAAAAUUUAGCGUUGUAUCACAGGAAUAAAUUUAAAUAAUAUUAAAAAAACAAGCAAGAUUUAAGAAUUUAAAUUUGAAUAUGAAAUGUAUAAUAUUUCACAGUUUUACUGAUUUUGCUGAAGAGGCUUAUUUCGAAAACAUAAAAAAAUACUCCUGACUUUUGAAUUAUAAUGUGCUUUAUAUAUAUUUUUGUUAUUACACUGGCCCAAUCACUGAUAAUACAUAAAGAUGAGAUUUGAAUAAAAAAAAAAUACUGGUUAA